AGGUCGGAAACUCGCGAUUUAAUAUCCCGCCCACAACCUGGGGAUCGUCUACGUGGGGGAUAAGAGGCGGGGGCGAAUGGUCGUCUUGGUGGGAGUCGGAGGGCCGAUAUGGCAGUCGACGGGCAGUCCGCUGUCUGCCUUUCAAAGGCUCGGGCCGGUUAUCGAUGAGAGUGUAUCGUCAGGGCGCAAUAAAUCGACGACGACGACGACGACGAGAGUUUAUCUGAGUAAAUUAUUGCGUCAAAAGUCCGAGCCCCAUACCAUAAAAUACAACCGAUAAAAGUCGCGCGGUGUCCCUUAACGGGGAUCAAAUAUCAUUCUGACGUUCGUUAAAGGAAACAGUGUUACAAUUGAAGAUACCUCGACCAGGAUUGAGUUUCGCUCCUGGGAAGGCAUGCUCAACAACAUCUCCACCGGCGGCUCCAUACACGGAAUCCCCGGAAACUCGGGGUCGAUCGGUCAAGGUGACGACAAACCGGCGAAGCAGAAACGGCAUCGGACGAGGUUCACACCGGCGCAGCUCAACGAGCUGGAAAGGUGUUUCAGCAAAACUCACUACCCCGACAUAUUCAUGCGGGAAGAAAUCGCAAUGAGAAUCGGCCUGACGGAAAGCCGCGUUCAAGUAUGGUUUCAAAACCGUCGGGCAAAAUGGAAGAAACGAAAGAAAACCACGAACGUCUUCAGGUCACCAGGAUCGUUGCUGCCGUCCCACGGACUGCCGCCAUUCGGGGCGAUGAGUUCUGCCGAACUCUGCGGGGCCACCGGGAUGUUCCACGCACCUACGGAUCGAUGGGGAAUGGGCCCGGGACUCGGGCAGCUGGGUCAAAGCGGGAUGGGGAUGGGCGGUUUUGGCCAAAGUCUGGGUCAGCUAGGCCAACAAGGCGGCGGUGGUCUGGGCACGUCGCUCGGUCUGGGCAACGCUGGUCUCCCAAUAAGCAGUCCGUCGCAAACGGUCUACCAGGCUAGCUACGGUCUAAACUCCCUUGGGGGUGUUCACGUCUCGGCGUCCCGAGGUUCCCCACCUGGGAGUUCGUCGGUCGGCGGUGGUCAACCGGGCAGCUUGGGUCCCGGUUUAAACUGCGGUCAGGGUUCCCCGGGGGCAGCUUCCGGCGGUGGAGUAUCCUGCGUCGGUACGGACGGAAGCGGCGAGGCAACCGACUGGCGGGGCGCUCAUAGCAUCGCGGCGUUGCGACGCCGGGCGUCGGACGCCUCCCAGCAGCAGUACAGCCCCCAGCCUCCACCCCCGGGACCCCCUCAGUACACCGGCCACGAUCUCGAGUACAGUUCAGUAUACUAAGGGCGGAUCUCCCGCCCCCAUAUGGCCCAGGAUUUUUACUCGCUUGCUGCUCUCGUUUAUACUUCCUCGAAUUAUUUUUACCCCUUUUGAAUUGACAUUUUGACUUUG